AUGGCGUCCGACAACAAUCCCAUGCUCCGGGAUGGUAUAACUGGCGACUGGAUCGGUACAUUCCUCGGGCACAAAGGUGCCGUCUGGCAAGCUCGACUCUCCGCCGACGCCGCCAUAUCCGCUACCGCAGCAGCAGACUUUUCAGCCAAAGUCUGGGACACAUAUACAGGCGAAUGCCUGCACACACUACAACACGCACACAUAGUGCGCGCUAUCGCAUUCCCCAUCCAAGCAAACCCACAAGUCCUCGCAACAGGCGGCGCAGAGAAGAAACUGCGUAUCUUCGAUUUAAGCCGGGGCGGCUCGAGUACAGGAGGAGGUGGAAGUAAUGGAUCAUCACCGCCGCUACCAACACCUAGUAGCGGGGGUGGCGAGAACAACACAGAUGCCGUGACGAGCUAUGAAAUCGGAGCCGGUGUCCACGGCGGCACUAUAAAAUCUAUCGUUUGGAACCAGGACUACAACAUCGUGACUACCGCGGCGGAAGACCGCAAGAUUCGCUGGUGGGAUUUGCGUUCUCGACACCCUGUGCUGGAGUACGGUGUUGAUGGGGCGAUUGGUUCAUGUGAGCUGAACAGUCUUGCUGUUCGGCCUAAUGAUACCGGUAUUUUGACCGUGGCUGCUGGAAAGAGUGUCUAUCUUUUCGACGGCUUGAGGCCUGGUCAACUUUUAAAGAAAAUCGAUUUUGGUUAUGAGGUUGCUAGUGCGGCAGUGAAUAGCGACUCCGGAAGACUGGUUACUGGCAGCGCGAAUGAUACCUGGGCGCGUGUGUAUGAUUUAAACACUAACGAAGAGUUGGAGGUUCAAAAGGGACACCAUGGUCCUAUUUGGUCGAUCAGCUUCUCCCCUGAUGGCAAGCUUUACGGCACUGGUAGCGAGGAUGGAACCAUCAAGUUGUGGAAGGCUUGUCGUGAUCCUUAUGGGCUGUGGCGGUAA